AGAUCUGAUGUUUGUGUGUGUCCCCAGGGGACGCCCACCAAUAGCCCCGUCCCCGGCUGCCCUGUGGGCGGAGCCUGUCUGUGGAGCAGUCUGUCGCCUCCAGGCCUCAACAAGACAGUGGAGCUCAUCAGCAGCAUUGUCCUGCCACACCUGCAGCACAGUGUCGUGUUCCAUUGCAGCGGCUCUCUGUCUGGUUGUACCAUCCUACUUCACGGUCCGGCAGGAAGUGGGAAGGUGACGGCUUUGAGUGCGGCGAGUCGCAGACUGAACCUCCACCUGCUGAAGGUGGACUGUGUGAGCGUAUGCGCUGACACACCUGCAGCCACGGAGGUGAAGCUGGUGUCGGUGUUUCAGCGGGCCGACGCGCUGCAGCCCUGCAUCCUGCUGCUCAGGAACCUGCAGCUGCUGCUCAGACGCAGAGGGGCCUCCGAGGAGGACGGCAGGGUGGAGGCGGUGCUGUGCCAGCUGCUCCGCAGCGCCCCCAUCAGUGUGGUGGUGGUGGCGACAGCCUGCAGACCGCGGGAUCUGUCUGCAGGUGUGGUGGCAGCAUUCGUCCACCAGGUGGCGUUGGAGAGCCCAACUGAGGAGCAGCGGCGCUCUAUGCUGGUCAGCCUGAGCCGAGACCUUCACCUGGGCAGAGACGUCAACGUGGAGCACCUGGCCAAGCUCACCGCAGGUUUUGUCUUGGGGGACCUGAGCGCUCUGCUGGUUGAAGCUGGACGAGCUGCCUGCAGGAGGCUGAGCCACACCCGUGGCGAUUGCCAGGAGGAGGAUCUCUGCUGCAGUGGAGUGACCAUCCUGAACCAGGACUUCACCUCCGCCCUGGAGACCCUGCAGGACGCCCAGUCCAAGGCCAUCGGAGCCCCAAAGAUCCCCAAUGUGCGCUGGGAGGAUGUCGGAGGUCUGCAGCAGGUGAAGAAAGAGAUCCUGGACACGGUGCAGCUGCCUCUGCAGCAUCCGGAGCUCCUGUCUCUGGGUCUGAACCGGACCGGAGUCCUGCUGUAUGGACCGCCCGGGACAGGGAAAACCCUGUUGGCCAAAGCUGUGGCCACUGAAUGCUCCAUGACCUUCCUCAGCGUUAAAGGUCCAGAGCUCAUCAACAUGUACGUGGGUCAGAGUGAAGAGAACAUCAGAGAAGUGUUCAGCCGAGCGCGCUCAGCUGCUCCCUGUGUCAUCUUCUUUGAUGAGCUGGACUCUCUGGCUCCCAGCAGGGGCCGCAGUGGAGACUCAGGAGGAGUCAUGGACAGAGUCGUGUCUCAGCUGUUGGCCGAGCUCGACGCCCUGCAGUCGUCGGUCGGGGUUUUUGUGAUCGGAGCCACGAACCGUCCAGACCUGCUGGACCAGUCGCUAUUGAGGCCCGGCAGGUCAGAGGUCACACACACACGUUGUCCUUUCUGUUUUGUGAAGCCACUCACUGACAUAAUGCAUCCCUCUAGAUUUGAUCUGGGAUCUGGACAGAGAACACCCCCGGUCUGCUUUGUUCACACUUUAGUGGAAACGUCAGAUCUGAGCCACUUAGAGGGAAACACCAGAAACUUCAGCUGUGUGUCUGAAACAACUUGCUUGACUCUCGGCUUCAGGUUCCAGUUGGAUGCUGAUGUGAACCUGCAGGAGGUGGUGGAGCGUUGUCCUCGUCACAUGACCGGCGCCGACCUUUACGCCCUCUGUUCAGACGCCAUGACGGUCGCCAUCAAGAGGAAGAUCUUGCUGAUCGACCACGGUCUGGACUCGGAGGACUCUCCUGUCCUCCUCGCCGUUGAGGAUUUCGCUGCAGCGUUGGAAAACUUCAGACCAUCUGUUUCAGACCAGGAGCUGCUGCGGUUCAGAAGCCUUCAGCAGACGCUCUCUGCAAAGUAGAAACAGGACUGAAUCAGUGAUGGAGAGAGGACGGCGUUCAACCCUUAACCCUCACCACAUGAUUCAAAAUGUACAUGAUGUAAAUUGUUACAUGUAAUUAAUAAAUACAGAACUAAUGAUUGUGGGACUUCUGUUUCUGUGGCCUGUC